AUGGAGAAAAGAAGCUACAGAGAAGGAAUUCUACUACAAUGCCUUAUAAUGGUGAAUUCUUGGAAGAUUAUUUCUGGUCAGCUCCAUUAUUCUAUUCCAGAGGAAGUACGGAAAGGUACUUUUGUGGGAAAUGUUGUGAAGGAUCUGGGAAUAGAUGGGAAGCAGCCUUUUAAUCAUGGACUACGUAUUAUUUCUAAUUCAGGUACAAUUCAGUACUUUGAACUUAAUUCCAACAGUGGCCAUUUACAAACCUGUGAGAGAAUAGAUAGAGAAGAGAUCUGUGGAACAGGAAAGAAAUGCAUCUUAAAAUUUCAAAUCCUUGCUGAAAGCAAGUUAAAGCUUUAUGUCACUGAAAUAGAAAUUGUGGAUAUAAAUGAUAAUGCUCCUUCCUUUCUUUCAAUAAGGUGGGAACUGAAAAUCAGUGAAACAUCUAUUCCUGGUUCUCAGUUCUUUCUACCAGAAGCUCAAGAUCCAGAUCUGGGGGAAAAUUCUAUACAACAUUAUGAACUCACAGGCAGUAACCAUUUUUCUUUGGAAGUGCAAAGCAGCCAAAAUGAUGCCAAAUCUACUAAACUGGUGUUGGAAAAAUCAUUGGACAGGGAAGAACAGUCAGUGUAUGAUUUGAUUCUAACGGCUUUUGAUGGGGGUGAACCUAUCAGGUCUGGCACACUGCAGAUUCACAUCUUUGUUCUAGAUGCAAAUGAUAAUGUACCAGUUUUCAGCCAACCAAUGUAUGAAGUAAAUGUUAAGGAAAACAUGCCUAAAGGAUCCAUAGUAGCUGCAGUGACGGCUAUUGAUAUGGAUGAAGGAAUCAAUGGAGAACUAAAAUAUUCUUUUCAAAAAAUCACAAAAAAAGGCUCCCAACAAUUUAUUAUAAAUUCAACUUCAGGGGAAAUUAUCCUUGUGGGGAGCCUUGAUUUUGAAACAUCAUCAAGAUAUGAAUUUGAAGUGCAAGCCAUAGAUGGAGGAGGACUGAGUGAUAGGUCAAAGGUUGUGAUUUUGGUUACAGACUUAAACGAUAAUGCACCUGAGUUAGCCCUCACCUUUGUGAUCAACUCGGUUCCUGAGAACUCUCCAGCUGGAACUGUCAUUGCCAUUUUAAAUGCCCAAGACAGAGAUUCAGGAGACAACGGAGAGAUUAAAUGCUCAAUCCCCAGCAACCUCCCUUUUCGGCUCAAGAAAACAAUGGAGAGUUUCUACAGUUUAGAAACAGACAAAGCCCUCGACAGGGAACUAUUGCCAACUUACUCUAUCACUGUUACAGCGGUGGAUGACGGGGCACCACCACUCUCUACGUCUGUGGUUAUUUCACUCCAGGUGUUAGACAUAAAUGACAACCCUCCACUGUUUCUAGAGUCAAAAUAUACCUCCUACCUUCUAGAAAAUAAUCCAAAAGGUGCCUCAGCCUUUUCGCUUAAAGCAAGUGAUCCAGACUGGGAAGAAAAUGCCAGAAUAACUUACUCCAUCAUUGAUAGCCCAAUGCGGGACUCACCCCUCUCCUCCUACCUCUCCAUUAAUUCUGAGACAGGGACCAUCUAUGCCCUAAGCUCCUUGGACUAUGAGGAGAUUCAAGAGAUUCAGUUCCAUGUCAAGGCUCAGGAUGGUGGAUCCCCAUCUCUCAACUCUAAUGUCUCAGUGACUCUCUUCAUCUUGGACCAGAAUGACAAUGUGCCAGAGAUCCUGUACCCCUCUCCUCCCGCUGAUGGCUCCACUGGACUAGAGCUGGCCCCUCGCUCUUCUGAGCCAGGUUACCUGGUCACUAAAGCAGUGGCAGUAGAUGCAGAUUCUGGCCAGAAUUCCUGGCUCUCCUAUCAGCUGAUCAGAGCAACAGAACCAGGGCUCUUCACUGUGGGACUCCACACGGGCGAGAUCAGGACUGCUCGGCUUUUUCUGGAGAAAGAUGCCCUGAAGCAAAUCCUGGUGGUUUUAGUGAAGGACAACGGCCAACCACCUCUCUCUGCCUCCGUCACUCUCACAGUAGUUCUGGCUGACAGCAUUCCUGAAAGUCUCUCAGAUCUGAGCAACAUCUCAACUCCUGUAGAUCCUCAGUCAGACCUCACAUUUUAUCUGGUGAUCGGUGUGGUGUUUGUCUCCUGCUUGUUUUUUACAUUCCUCCUUGUCUUAUUGACCAUCAGGCUGUACAGGUGGAAGAAUUCAAAAUUGUUAGAGUCAGGAAGUGUACAUUUUAGUGGAGUCCCAGUGUCACAAUUUGUUGGGAUGGAUGGAGUCCGAGCCUUCCUUCAGUCUUACUGCCACACUAUUUCACUCACUAGAGAUUCUAGAAAAAGCCACUGCAAUUUUCAUGAGGAAAACUGUUCAAAUACUCUAACCAAUCAACCUCUGACCUGUGAGAUGAGUGACUCUAUCCUAGCCUGUGGGGAUUUAAAUUUGAAGAAUGAUGAACAAAUCUUAGUCAAGGUGAGUUUAAUAUUUCAAAGCUAUAGUGUGUUUUGUUGA